AUGGCUCCUUUGACUACUACUGUGGAUCAGUACAAAUUAUCUUCUCUUCCAACUGAUGGUGUUACUGCUGUUCGUUUCCAACCUGGGAAAGCAGCUCCACAAUUCCUAGUCGCUUCAAGUUGGGACUGUACGGUGCGAAUUUAUGAUGUGGCUUCAGGAAGUCAACGUUUGUUUUAUCAACAUAGUACUCCGGUUUUAGACACCGCUUUUUCUGAUACUGUACACGUUGUCAGCGGUUCACUAGAUGGAGAAUUAAAAUUGUUCGACUGCAACACUAAUCAAAAUCAAACUUUAGGUUCAUGUUUGAGAGCUAUUAGUACGAUGCAUUACAAUUCAAAUAUUCAGGCUUGUAUCACUGGUAGUUGGGAUUGUACUGUACGUAUAUGGGACCCACGUGCUUCUGUAGCAUCAUCCAAUGCAACUGAUUCAAAAGGUGGAGCACAAAGUGUUCAUCGUCAACCUAGUACAGUGUAUACGAUGGAUAGUAUACGCAACCAACUGGUUGUAGGUACAGCUGGACGUCAUGUACUAAUAUGGGAUCUCCGUCAAAUGCAUGCACCUUUAGAACAGCGUGAAUCAAGUCUCAGAUACCAAACUCGAUGUAUCCAAUGUUUUCCAAAUGGACAGGGUUAUAUAUUAGGUUCAAUUGAAGGUCGGAUAGCUGUCGAAAUGUUUGAUCCUAGCCCGGAGGUUCAAAAGAAAAAGUAUGCUUUUAAAUGCCAUCGUGUUAAAGAAGGCGAUAAAGAAACGAUUUAUCCAGUAAUUGCCAUUGCCUUUCAUCAAGGAUACAAUACGUUUGCUACAGGUGGUUGUGAUGGUAUUGUAAAUAUAUGGGAUGGAUUUAAUCGUAAAAGACUAGCUCAAUUAUCAAAGUAUCCAACUAGUAUAUCUAGUUUAGCAUUUUCUGAAGAUGGUAAUUUACUAGCUAUUGCUUCUUCAUACAUGUAUGAACGUGGUCCAAUUGAAAAUGAACCAGAACCAACUAUUUACAUAAGAAGUGUUGCUGAAAAUGAAGUCAAACCUAAACAUAUCAGUAAUACUAAUAAUGUUAGUGCUACUGGUGGCGGAGGUGGUACUGCUGGAGCCAAUGUUGGUUAUAAAGGUUAA